CUCCUGGUGCGUGUAUUAGCAGCACGCCCUGAUAGAUAUCAGAGAGAGAUACCAUCGGCCCUGCAGGCGAGCACUCGGAUCUGUUAGAUAUCUCUUUCUCUUACGGUAACCGGGGAGACAGGCUGACCAAUGCGACACAAACAACUUCAGAUAUACCCCAGGAUAUUUCAGACUCGUAUGCAGAGGAACUUUCAUUUGUCCCCCGGAGGCUUUUCUUUCUGUCGCCAAUAAGUUUACCUGGAAUUCCCGUCUGCCUGUCUGCCCGUCUGCCUGCCUGCCUGCCUGCCCGCCUGCCCGCCCGCCCGCCUGCCUGCCUGCCCGUCUGCCUGCCUGCCUGCCGGUCUGGUUGCAGCGGUCACAUCAAACCAACUGGCUGGUUGAUCAUGAGCAUGAAAACGCGCUGCUGGAUGUUCCACAUGUUUCUCUGCUUGGGAAUAGUGUAUUUGAAAAUAGGGGUUUUUUCGUCCGUGGUGGCAUUAGGCGCCAGUAUCAUCUGUAACAAGAUCCCGGGUUUAGCUCCUCGACAGCGGACGAUCUGUCAGAGCCGACCGGACGCCAUUAUAGUGAUCGGAGAAGGAGCUCAGAUGGGCAUCGAUGAAUGCCAGUUUCAGUUUAAACACGGACGGUGGAACUGUUCUGCCCUGGGACAGAGGACCGUAUUUGGAAAAGAGCUGAAAGUGGGUAGUAAAGAGGCAGCGUUUACCUAUGCCAUCAUCGCCGCAGGUGUGGCCCAUGCCAUCACAGCAGCGUGUACCCAGGGGAAGCUGUCCGACUGCGGCUGUGAUAAGGACAAGCAGGGGACCUACAGCCAGGACGAGGGCUGGAAGUGGGGAGGUUGCUCGGCUGACGUGAGCUAUGGCCUGGGGUUCUCUAAGGUCUUCGUAGACGCGCGAGAGAUCAAACAGAACGCCAGAACUUUAAUGAACCUCCACAACAACGAGGUGGGACGCAAGAUCCUGGAGAAGAGUAUGCGUUUGGAGUGUAACUGUCAUGGAGUGUCGGGAUCCUGCACCACUAGGACGUGUUGGACCAGGCUGCCGAUGUUCCGCCAGCUGGGGUACAUGCUGAGGGACAAGUACAACCAGGCCGUGCACGUCGAACCGGUACGCGCCACGCGACACAAACGACCCACCUUCCUGAAGGUCAAGAAGGCCCACUCUUACAGGAAGCCCACGGAAACAGACUUGGUGUACGUAGAGAGGAGCCCUAACUACUGCGAGGCUGACCUGGUCACGGGCAGCGUGGGUACUCACGGGAGGUCUUGUAACAAGACAGCCCAGCAGACUAAUGGCUGUGACCUGUUGUGUUGUGGACGAGGCUACGACACUCACCUGUACUCUAGAGUCUGGCAGUGCAACUGCCACUUUCUCUGGUGCUGCUAUGUGAAGUGUAAUACCUGCAGAGAGAGGACAGAGGUAUACACCUGUAAAUAAGGGUAAUAUGUGGGUUACAGUGUCUUAUCAUUUGG